AUGACUUCACUUCUCCGCUUUAAACACCAUUCAGUCUAUCUUCUAACCAUUGAUAAACACAAGCAUAACAUUCACAACAAGAUCUACACUUUUGAGUCUCUUUCGGUUCUAAAUGAACUCCUUUACUAUGCACCAAGUGAUUAUAGCUUGUGGAUGGAUCGCAGGCAGCUAAUCGCCCACAUACCCACAACAGAGUAUACCAUGGAGCAAGAGUUCCAAUGGACGAAACAAACUGCCGCCGAGAACCAAAAGAACUACCAAGUAUGGAACCAUCUCCUCUUUGUAGUUAAGCAGUUAAAAUAUGACAUCACUCGCGACCCAGAUAUUUAUAACAUGGCCAAAGAAGAGCCUAAAAACAUCCACUUCUGGGGAUUCUUCCUUAGCACAGUUAAGUUAUUUAGUUCACAUGAAAGAGCCAUAGCCUUUGCCACUAUCUUCAUCAAACUAGACAUCCGCAACAACUCAGCCUAUGCCAUCAAGUAUGCCCUCUUAUCUCAUUUCUUACCCCUUUGUUCUGAAAUAGAGAGACUCGCGUACAUUCAGCUCGAACAGACCUUUCUAGGCAAAAUCAACCGCUUAAAGAACAACCCCGCAUUCUGGAACUACGUCAGUGCUCUUCCACGUCUUGACCCACAAUUUCAAGGGAUCCACAGCCAAUGUUCGGCCGCCCAUGAAGACUCUAACUACCACGAAGAUUAA